AUGGGCCUUUCCUCCGGAGCAUCCCGACGACCCAGAGGCAGCUGGCUGCUGCUGGCGGCUUUGCUCUGCACUUGCUACACUCCUCCCACGUGGACAGGACCUCCCUUGCCUCGCCGGGCACUGCUCGGCGUCGCGAGCGGCCUGCUACUUCCCGUGCCCGCGGCCUUUGGGGAGGACCGCCUUUGUCCAUCUGGCGCUUUGGUGCACCUUCAGGGCACCACAGGUGAUGUCUUCGUCCUGGGCGUGACGCACCUUAGCAACAAGUCUGCCGAGGUCGUGCGCAGCGUGGUGCAAAGGGCGACCCCCGACUUGGUCAUGGUCGAAUUGGAUGCGAGCCGCGUAGGCCUGGCCAAGAAUUCCACACGCAGUAGCAAGACGACGGCCCCACCUCCGGCGGAGGCACCAUCUGACUUCUUCUCCACGGCCCGGAAGGCUUCUGCCGACGCUGCGCUCCAGCUGGCGGCGGGUGUCCUUCGUUUCGGUCUGGAUUUGAUUUAUCGGGCCUUUGAGAAGUAUCUGAACACUCCAGCAGGGUCGGAGAUGCUAGCGGCGAUCGAGGAGGCCGGAAAGAUCGGCACGCCGGUGAUGCUUGGAGAUCGUCCGGCACAGGAUACACUGAAUCGGCUGGUCGAAGCAGGGCAGUCAUCAGACCUUGCACAGCUGGAAGAGGACUUGGCCAUCUCGGUGCCCGAGCUGCGCACCAGCGGCCUAGGGCUGCAGGCCUUGGUGGACAGUGCUACGGAUCAGGCCACUGCCAAGCGGUUGCGCCGAGCAUUCAAGGGCUCCGCACCCGAGCUUUUCGCCGCCCUGGUGGGCGAGAGAGACGAGUACAUGGCAGCUAACUUGGCUAGGGCCGCUCAGAAGGGCAAGCGACGCAUCGUUGCCGUGGUCGGCAGCCUGCACGUGCAGGGAAUCUCGGAAGCGCUGGAGCGCACCUUAAGCCUUAGAGUGCUGGAUGCGUGCGUCGCUUAA